UUAAGGCUUUAAUAUUCGUUUUGCAAAAAACAAAACGAGCCCUGUCAUCUAACGACGGAGAGAUUUCUUACGUCGUGACGUAAGAGGAAGUCAAACUGAGGCGGUCGAACGUAAGCGUCUUUGAAAACUUUUGAGAAAGCUUUGUCGUUUUUCGUGCAAUAUGCCACUUACAAGGAAACAUAAAACAUGUACAAGCGCGUUAUGAGACAGUAACUACACAUGCUUAUUUUUAAGACCAAAUGAAUCAAGGCCACGUCUCAAUUUGCCAACAUCUUGGUUGCUAGCUUGGCUAGGUCUAGCAUAUUUUUAGCACUAGCCUACUAGGCUAGCUAACAUGGACACACAGCCAGUGCAACGAGUAAAGACUAGCAUACAAUCUUUGUUCUGAUUGCUGACAAGUCCACAACACAUACAGCUAAACAUGGACUGUUCAGAUCAAGAAGACUUCGUUGACCUCUGCUCCAAGCUGCUAAAGCGAGUACGUAAAAAGGUGGGUGACCCCGGAGAGCAGAGGAACGCAGAGCCCCAGCCCGUCAUCACACAGACCAGAGCCACAGACCUCCCCAAGAGAAGGCGGAGGAAGAACGAUGUCGAGACGGCAAGCACAAGCAAGGCCACCGCGCAAACCGAUUGCCCAACCGCUACUUCCGAACCUAGCCUGGUUGACGGGAACACAGCAUAUCAAAAGCAACACCUUACUAACGGCGGAGCGGAGCUCUGCGCUGGAGUAAGCGGUCCAUCGGUGUCCGGUGCGGAUGACGAGGCCGUUGAGAGUGGGCUGGGGGCUGCACAGAAGGUGGUUAGGAGAAUGCAGCAGUUCAAGAGACGCAGUCCUCAGAAACUGAGCCACGGUGAGAUGAACCAGUCUUCCGAGACCAGACAGCAUCACCAAAGUGUUCCUACUCCCCUGCCUCUAUGUCAAGACCCCCAGGAGAGCGACCAGGCCCUGGCUGUGAGGCUGCAGGAGGAACUGGACAGGGAGGCACAUCUCCCCCCCAGAGGAGGCCUGGCGGUACACCUGGAGGAGGGAGGCCUGUUCCUCUGUCAGCUCUGUCACCGUGACCUGUCCCACAUGAGCCCGGCAGGACGCACACAGCACACCAACAGGUGUCUGGAUGAGAGUGAGGACAGUGCCCCGCCCCCUCUCCCCGCCAUCCCAGAAUGCCCUAUCUGCGGGAAGGUCUUCAAGACCCUGAAGAGUCGCUCCGCCCACCUGAAGCGUUGCUCCUCCCACAUGGGCGUGGCCCCGGCCGUGCUUCUGCAGGCCCUGCAGAGACAGGCUGCCGAGGCGCCGAGUGACAGUUCAGCCAGCCAAUCAGUGCAGACUGGGGGCUCCAAGAGGAAAGGCCCCAAGUCAGACCCCAGCCUCCCAGUGAGGAAGAAGCCCAGGAAGAGAGCCUCCAACCCAGAUGAGGACACCAUGGUGGCCCUGGCCCUCUCCUCCUCCCUCCUGGAGCAGGAGAGGGAGAGGGAGGUGGAGAGGGAAAGGGAGGUGAUUCCUGCUGUACCUCCUGGUUCUGUGGCUGCUCUGUUGAGGUGGCAAGCCCACGAAGGACGCGGGGGCAAGAGGAGGAGGAGGAACGGCUGGGCCCCCCGCCCCCCUCCCCUCCUCCUGGUCCAGGACCCCGACGUGGCCCUGCUGAGGCUCCAGGACAGGGUGGCCGCCCUCCUGCUCGCGCCCCCUCCCCCCCCCCCGACCCCCACCCUGCGCCCCAGCUCCCUGCCCGCCCGGUGCUCGGCAGGGGGCGGCGGAGGCGCCCCCCUGUGGAGGAAGAGCGCCCUGCAGGACGGAGGACCCGGCUGCACGGCGGAGUUCUACACUGCUGAGCUGAGAGAGUUCAUCUCUCCGCCCGAGUCGACAGAGCCUGAGGUGGCCAGCUCGGAUCCUUCCACCUCCACCUCCCAUACAGGCCCCUCUCCUUCCCCCUCCACCCCAGACAGCAGCACCCAGGCUGGGGCGGGGCCAGCACCAGGCGGGGAGUCCCUCCCUGUGGGCAGCCAGGCCCUGGCUGACCUACUGGAACUGGCAGAGGAGGGCAUGACCCUCACCCAGUGGGGGUACUCCAGCUCUGGGAAAGGGAAAGAGAGCGGCGUCGCCCCCGAGGCUGACCUGUGCAUGUGUGGCUUCAUCCCUGACGACACACACACACCCUGUCAGAGGGACGCCACACACACACCCUGUCAGAGGGACGCCACACACACACCCUGUCAGAGGGACGCCACACACACACCCUGUCAGAGGGACGCCACACACACACCCUGUCAGAGGGACGCCACACGCACUGGAAGACCCGACCUGCACACCCACGGGCCUCAGCAAAGGGCCGUCCAGACGGCGGGCCAACCUUCGGUGGCGCUGUCCAGACUGGGCUCAGACCUGGGCAGCAUGGUGAACAACCCCCAGCUCAGUGACGUGCAGCUCCAGGUGGACGAUGGCGAGGUGUUCUUCGCCCAUUCGUUCAUGCUGUACGCACGCUGCCCCCUGCUGGCCCAGAUGGUCCAUGACAGUGGGUUCGGGGUGCAGGAGGAGGGCGUGCCGGCGGCCCGGCGGGUGCUUCUGAUGGAGGUGCCCGGCCCGGCCGUGGGCGUCCUGCUCCACUACCUCUACACCGCCCACUGCCCCCUCGCACCCACCCUGCUGCCCCACCUCCAGGAGCUGGCCUGCAGGUUGGACCUGCCGGAGCUACAGCAGCUGUGUCGGGAUCACCCAGGACCCACAGAGAACCAGGGAGAGGGGCAGGGAGAGGGGCAGGCCUGGGAAGACAACCCAGACCGGGAGCUUCCGUCCGGGGCGGAGAGCGGCGGGGACCAGGCCUUCAUGGAGCUCCUCCGCUCCAUGUGGAACGAAGACGAGGAGGAUGACGACGGUGGUGAGGACGAAGGGGGGGGUGGAGACAGAGGAGAGAUGGUGACGGAGGAGGAGCACAGAGGGGGGCGCGUGACUCUGGAGGACGGCGAGACGCGCGGCGAAGAAGAAGAAGAAAGGGUGAACGAGGAGGAGAUGGAGGAGAUCUACGAGUUUGCCGCCACGCAGAGAAAGAGGGAGGAGGCGAAGGAGAGCACAGGAGAAGAGGGGGGGGCAGAGAGAAAGAGGGAGGAGGCGAAGGAGAGCACAGGAGAAGAGGGGGGGGCAGAGGAAGAGAGGGAGGAAGCGGGAAGGAACGCAGGAACAACAAAGGACAAGGAGAAAGCAGCCCGACCGAACGUUUCGGGAACGGAGAAUAUCUCAUCCGCGGUGCCAGAUCCCGACCCCGAAGACCUCGACAGGAGCUACAGCCGCCUCUUCUCCGACUCCUGGGGGGUCUACGAAGACGACGACCCCCCUCCUCAGCCCCCGAGGUCCCAACCCCCUUGGUGCCCCCCUCAUUGCUCCUCCCCCUCUCCCAGAGCCCCACCCUCCGUCUCCCAGCCUCCCAGGCCCAGAGCCGGGCGCAGGCAGUCAGAGACUCCCUGUCUCCACUCCUCCGUGAGCGAGGUCAUAGACCUGUCCGUCAGUCCUCCGGCCGGCUGGCCCUGCAUCCCCAUGCCCGGGCUGUCCCCAGGGGAGAUGAGCCCCGCUGGGGCGAGGAGAGGCCCCUCUGAGGGGGUGGGAGCUGGAGAGGUCGCAGAAGAAGAAAGAGGAGGAGGGCCAGAUCAUGUGGCUGUAUCCCAGGAGAGGGUUGGUUCUGGUGAAGAGAGGCUGUCUCCGCAGAGAACGGCGCAGGGCCCUCGCAGUGCAGGCCUGCCUCGCUCGCCCCGUCCUCCUCCUCCUCCUCCUCCCAGAGCCAGCAGAGAACCAGAGUUGAUAGUUCUGUCUGACUCGAGUGAGGAGGUGGAGGUCGGCCCCCCCCCGGGGACCCCCCCCAGCCCCCCCCCUCCACCUCCUCCUCACCCCACCCAGAGCCAGCAGGACUUCACCCAGAUCAGACCCAGAGCGGAACCCAAGAGCCCCGGUUUGGACGGAAAGGUGAAAAGCGCUUGCGUGCGUGGCCCCAGCGUGUCGUCACCCCCUGACGGGCGUCUGGACGGGCCUGGUCCUGAUCCUGCGGACCAGAGCCCCAUGAUGGACUUCUCUCCAGAGGUGUCCUGGCUGAUCCCGGCCACUCCUCUCCAGCCCAGGACGAGCACCACCAGCUCCACCCAGACCCAGAGCAGCAUGCGUCGCACUCGACUCUUCCCCAAAACCUGCUCAUCUUCAUCCUCAUCAUCAUCUUCCAGGAGCAGUAACCUCCAGACCUCCAUCGACCCGCCCCAAGCCUCCACGCGCCCUGCCCAGACAGAAGGCCUCAUCUCCAGGGUGCCGUCCCGGGAAUCUGCCCCCCAAGUUCCCAGCCUGGCUCUUGAUCUCUCACCUAAGAGACACAGCGCGGGCAGUCGGGACACAGCGGACGACUCCUCCCAAGUAUCUGCGGCCCCCUCCUCCCACCCCGGGCGGUCUGCUCCCCCCAGCCUGACCCCCUCUCUCCCCCCACCAGAGCCCUCCACCAAGGCAACCCCUCUCCACAGCCUCCCCCAGCCUCACAGCAGCACUCCCCUGCACCCGGAUCCACCCGAGCCCCGUGCUCUGCCCUCGGCCUCCCCUCUACUCUGUGGGGGCGGCGAGAGACAUGCAGAGUGGCGACGAGGGGGGGCGCACACCCAGAGCCCUGAGAGGACGGGGCUGGGGACCCUGCGCCUCUCCCUCUCCGACUCCCCCUCCUCCCCCCGUAUGGGGUCUCCCAGCAGGGGCCCCGACCAACGCAGACCCCCCGCUGAGUCGGGCGAUGCUAGCAGUUCGGGGAGGAGAAGGAUGGGAACGGAGGGAGGGAAGGAGACGAGGACAAGACACGCAGAAGGGGAAAGGAGAGAGGAGGAGAGGAGGUUAACCAGCUGUGGAGGAGAGGAGGAGGAAGAAGGGAUGGAGGUGGAAGAGGAGGUGUCUGGGGGCUACGGCUUCCAUCAAAGCUUCAUGGCGAUGGACGAGCCCCCGAUGGCGUUCGACGACUCGUGGGGGCUGAACGCCGGGGAGGGGCAGAGGGAACAGGAGGUGUGUUUCAGCCUGAGAAUGGACAGCACGGGAGCCCAGUCCUACAUCACCCCUCCUCCUCCAUCACCCCAAAUGAUCCCUCCGUCCCCCUCUCCCUCUCCUCCGCCCAUGACUCACGUCCACCCAGCCUCCCCUUCUACCUCAAGCACCGCCCGCACCCUCGCCAUCCGUCCUUCCUCCUCCUGUUCUCCUCCACCCUCCACCCACGCCGGCCCCCAGGGCGAACCCGAGCGAGGAGCCAGCCUCCUGGGCUCCAAGAUCUGGUCUGACUGGGAGGAGGAGGAGGAAGAGGCUGUCCCUCUCUCCCAGAGGGUCAGCACUGUCGCCCUGGCUCAGAGAGUGGACCAGCUCAAAACCCCAGUGGCGUCCCGUAGGAGAGGCCAGCUCCCCCUGGUGGCCAUCACCCCGCUGCCCAGCUACUCUGACAUGGACACUCCUGACCUCAAGAACAAGCUCAACAGGUUUGGGGUGCGUCCCCUCCCCAAGCGCCAGAUGAUCCUAAAGCUGAAGGAGAUCCACCAGUACACCCAUCAGGUGGUCAGCUCCGAGUCCGACGACGAGGCUCCUUCUCUGGGCAGGGCCCCUCAGGCGAGGCCCCAGUCUAGUUCCACGGCCUCCAGAAGGCCAGCGUCCUCGGGGGGGUUUAAGCAGCCUGGGGCGCCCCCCGCUGCCUCUCCUGUGAAGCAGGGCAGGAGGGAGGAACAGGAGGCUCUCUCUGCAUCGCAAGGCUCCUCCACAUCCUCCACUACUGCCAGUGAAGACUCAGAGAGGUCGAACCCAGAGCUGUGCCCUCUCUCUGACGACGGCGGCUCCGACGGCGACAUCACUCCCUCGCAGGCAUCCUCCCUCCUCCAGGACCGGCUCCAGGCGGCGCGCCGCUUCAUCCUGUCCGACCCAGAGCUGUACGGCCGGGUCCUGCAGUACCAGCCGCUGGGCCUGGCCCUGCUCCAGGCCCGCCUCAAGGAGGCCGGCAUCACGCUGGGCACUGCCAAGCUCAUGGACUUCCUGGACGCCAACUGCAUCACCUUCACCACCGCCAAGCCGGGCCAGGGCAGCAGGCAGCGGAGACGAGGAGGGGGGGUGGGGAGAGGAAGAGGAGGGAGGAGAAAGAAAGGCGUACCGCCCACAGUGAUGGAGUGAUGAGGGCAGAGGGGGUCUGGCUGCAUGAACUGGUGAAAGUGUAGGUGACGAGAAAGAGACUGAAUACAAAAGGCGCGGUGGGAAAGAUUGUAUUAAGCUGCUGUUUGGUACAUCUGUGUUAAUUUAAAAUGUUUGCAUUCACUGCGUUGAUGGAAUUCUGAAAUUAAAUGAUUUGUUAAUGAGUA